UUCAUGCCGUUUUGCCCUCAGCGGUGCAGCAGCUGCUAAAAAAUUAUGAGCGGUCGCUGUCAGAUUUGCCCGAUAGUGUCUGUGUGUGCUUGUGUGUGCGCGCGUGUGUGUGUGCGCGUGUGUGCAUGUGUGUUAUUUUCUCUCUCUCUUCUCUCUCCUCUCUCUCCUCUCUCUCUGAUCGCCACAGCUCUCAGAGCAUCACUAGUGUCCAAAUAUCCCAUCAGCCGUGCACAUCGUGUCUGACUUUCUCUGGGACACCGUGGCAGCAUUUGCAACACCGCUGCUUUUCCCCAUUUCCAUCACACAACCAGGUUGCAGCUGCUUUUAAGCCAACUCCUUCUGUUUAAGUGCUGGCUCAUUAUUUGGUCGGGCCAAUGUAUAUAGACGCGUUCAAACGGAUCCUCUUUGAAAGGCUGAACUGCUUGAAGAGAAUGUGUGUGUGUCAGCGGCAAGGCAGCUCAUUUGCCAUGUCUAAGACAGCGGUGAAGAAGCUGCACUGGCGCUCCAAGGUGCAGGACAGCUUCGUCCCCUUGCUCGGCUCGUCAGGGGAGCUGGGGAUAUCCGUUGGUGGAGGAGCAGAUUAUGGAGAGUUUCCUUUUGUCACGUCGGCUCCGGGCGGCGUCCUCACAGUGGGUGAUAUCAUCCUAGAGAUUGGGGGAACGCCAGUGUUGGGGAUGACAUUAGGAGAUGUUCGCGGCGUUCUCAGCUCUUGCCCGCAUCCUAUCCGUAUCAAAACUGUGUCACCAGGCUCCACAUUGUGUAAGGAUCUCAGGUUGUAUUUGAGUAAGUGCUUCACACCCGGCUCAGUGGACAGCCAACUUCAGCAGGUCAUCAGAGAGAACCUCUACCUCCGCGCUGUACCUUGUACAACCAGGCAGCCCAGAGAGGGGGAAAUCUCAGGGGUAGACUACAACUUUGUCUCCAUUGAGGAGUUUUUCUCCUUGGAGGAGUCGGGAGCCCUGCUCGAGAGUGGAAAGUUCAAAGGCAAUUACUACGGCACGCCCCGGCCUGUUCACAUCAGCCCUGAAAGCCCCCCCAUCACCUACCAGGAGCACCGCAACCUGCUCAGAAACUUCCGCACACGCAGCAAAUCGCUCAGCAACCUGGAGAAAACUGCAGAGGAAGCCCUGAACGGAGGCUCUGCAGGCGUCAGCGGAGGAAUCCCUCUCGGCCACCGGUCACCUGCUCGGCCCCGGGCGUCCAGCAGCGGGGGCGAUGGUUGUGUCAUAGAGAACGGGAUCAUUGGUAGCAGGAGCUGUGCCAGAGUGAGAGGCGUGAUGCCUGAUCACUGGGAACAGGCCUUCAGUGACCCAGGAGAGCCACUUUACAUAGAACGCAGCCCAAAGAGAACCAGCUGGCAGAGUCCUCGAGCCUCAAGUAGAGACACCGUCUACAAAAAUGAAUGGUUCACCGACCAGCCCGCGGAGCUCAGGGGUUUCCCUGUCCACACACACUUGAUCAAGGGUACCAGAGGGUUCGGUUUCAAUAUUGUGGGUGGCAGCAAGCCAGGAGAGUUCCUCCAGGUCUACAGUGUGACAGCCAGUGGACCCUCAACACUCAAGACAGCGGACAUCCUGGUAUACAUCAACGACGUCUGUGUGUUGGGAGUGUCUCAUAAAGAGGUCGUAGAGAUGCUCAAGUCAGUGCCUGUUGGCCACAACGUGGACGUUGAGGUUAGAAGAGGCUACCCUAUGCUCUACAACUCCGACGGUUGUCCCAAGCAGCCGCCGCCGAGGUUACUGGACAGCGGGGACCCCAUCGUGCCACCCACCACCACCCAGCCCCAGCCUCUUCACCAGCUACCUCGCCUCCCGACACCCACCCCCCAGGCCCAGCACUUUAACUUCAACGGGGUGCACGGUGACGGCAGCUACAUGGAACCCGGCGUGAGCCUGGACGCCAACGGAAAUGCCACGUACUUCGCUUCCAGACCGCUGCCCCCGUACAGGCGCUCCAGCAUGAGCAACGCCGCGUCUUCCCCCUCCCCCGUUCGCCCACCUCGUUCCCUGAGAAGUUUGGCCAGGCUGCAGUCGUUCGACCCGACGCUGGCCAGCCAAAGUGACAGCGAGGUCGUUUCUGCGAUUGGUUCACACAGGGCAUCAAUGAUCCGUAACCACAACAAUAACUCCCUCUCAACACCGCCUCAUCCUUUCCGCUACGGAACAUCCAAGUCGUCUGAGAGUGACCUGUCCACCUGCACCUUCUCUGGGUCCCGCCUGCCUCUGCCCCAGUCACCACGAAGACCCUCGUCGUCGCCCGGCGGGCCCGCCAGCGCUCACUCCCACCUCUUCAGACCGCAGGCCUCCCACCUCAGACCCCCUCCCACCCCGGACAGCCCUCGCCACCGCGGGUUCAACGGUAUCCAUGGAAACACCAGCCCCACUGCGAGCCCCAGCAGCGUGUCCUCUCCCGGGGCGAUGAGCGUGGGCAGUGCAGUCGGCGGCUUCAGCGGAGGGGAGCUGGUGCCGGUGGCCUUGGCGCAGACCGAAGGAGGCCGCGGCCUCGGCUUCAGCGUGACAGCUGGUGGACCCGGAGGCAGGAUGACUGUAGUGAAAAGAGUCUGGGACAGGAAGCAGUGCAACUCCCUGCAGCCAGGGGAUGCUGUUGUCAAAAUCAAUGGAGCUGAUGUCCAGAGUCUCAGCUUUGCACAGGUACAAACAAUUCUGCAGGAACACACCAAACAGGGAGAGGUCGUCUUACUGGUUUACAGAGGAGGCAUCUAUCAUUCAAGCGUCUCCCCUGGCUCAGUCCGGAGACUCCCUCCGCCUCUCCUCCGGCCCCCUCCUCCACCUGUUGGCUCAGACUCUGUGCUCCUGGAGGCUCUGCCCCUGCCACGCACCUCCAUUAGCACCCCUCCCUCCCCAGCCCAGACGCGGUCCUCGCUGAUCCAGAGCACCAGCUUCCUGGAGUCGAUUCCGGUGACCCUGACCAUGGAGCCCAAAGACUGGAUCAACACGGGCCUGGAGGACGAGGCGGUGCCUGACACCGUCCUGGAGAAGCAGGGCGGCGAACGAACUCGGCCCCUCCGAGGGUUUGACGUGGAGCUGAGGAGAAAGCCGGGGGAGGGCUUUGGGUUUGUCAUCGCCUCUCAGGAUGUGGAGAACGGUAAAGCUGCCUCUCUUCUCCCCCACCGGUUUGUGACGGUCCGUCGUGGCAGUCCGGCGGCGAAGAGCGGCCAGAUCCGCCCCGGAGAUCGCUUGGAGGCAGUGGAGGGUCGCUCGGUGGUGACUCUGCCGCAUCGGGAGCUUUCUCAGAUACUUCGCCGAGCAGGAAAUACCCUACGCCUCACCAUCGUUCCCCGUCCGAGCACCUAUACGUCGAGCCUUUCAGACACCGCUGACUAUGACCCCGGCCACAGAAGCAGAAAGGGUCAGAGGUCACGUCCAAAACGUGACUCCAGGUACUACAGUGUAGAUCUGGAUCGUGGACCUUCAGGCUUCGGGUUCAGCCUCCGAGGAGGAAGUGAGUACAACAUGGGGCUCUACGUCCUGGGACUGAUGGAGGGUGGACCUGCCUCACGGAGCCAAAAGAUGCAGGUGAGCGAUCAGCUUGUGGAGAUCAACGGGGACAGCACAGCCGGGAUGACCCAUAGCCAGGCCGUCGAGCAGAUCCGCAGAGGAGGCCAUCGCAUCCACCUGGUCCUCAAGAGAGGGAACGGCUACGUGCCCGACUAUGGCCGUGAGCACAGAAUCACCUCCCCCUCCUCCCUGCGUCACCCCAAGGAGCAGGGUUUGGUUGCAGUAGACUCUUCCGGACGGAGGGGGCACACUUCCAAGCAGAAGAGGAGAGGCAGGUCAAAUGAAAGAGAGGAGAGGAGAAGGAGAAGGAGGCAGGGCUCAGGGGAAGGGGAGGCCUCUGGUUUACAAAGUCCCAUCUCUGAGCGGGGAGAGAGGUCUCAGGAGAGGAGGAGGAGGAGGAGGAGGAGGACAAAAAGAGAGUCUCAGAGUUUACCCAGAGAUGAACUCAGGAAACACGAUGACAGUGGCACCGAGAAGGGGGCAGUGAGGGGAAAGAAAGGGGGGAGGAACAGGGAGAGGAGCGGAAGCAGAGACAGGAAAAGCAGGAGCGAGGAGAGGGUGAGGGUGAGGGUGGUGGCUGAGGGGGAAGAGUCGGAGCAGGAUGAUGAGCAGGACGUACCUGCGGCUGAGGAGAGGGUGGAAGAAACUGUGGAGCGUGCUGUGGAAAGGGUGGGUUUAGAGAGCGAUGAGGGUGGCGAGGAGGACGUUUUCCUGCCCGUUCCAAGUCCUAACUCAAAGCUACCUACACCGAGACACAUCUGGGAGGUGGAGAGUGAAGAAAACUACGACAUGGCAGCAGAGUAUAGGAAGCUGAGGAGUGAACACGAGCUGGAGAGUGAGUGGGAGCAGGGGGGGCCGUGGGAUGACGGUGAGGGUGAAAUCAGCGAGGCGAGCGAGGGUGAACGCGACGCACACGCCUGGCACCUCGAGGAGCCUUUACCAAGCGUCGCCUCGACAGACCCGGCGUCACAGAGGAAGCCCUUCUCCUUCCUCACCUCCGCUCUGUCCGAGGAGCAGCUGGGGGACGUUGAGUCAGAGUCCGGAGACAGCCAGUCUGACGGCAGCGUGUCAGCUGCCAGCAUCUCAGGCCUGUCUGUGGCCGCCGCGGCAGCAGGCGGGCGCAGGGCCGCCGUGCUCCCGGGCCCUUGGCUCAAACCCAGCCAGCAAAGGAUGCCUCCGGUCACACAGGGGAACGGGCAGCCCGGGAGGACGACUGUGCAGGGGGGAGGGAGAAGCCCCGUCUCCUGACUGACUUUUAACAGGGAGCCGAUCGUGCAGAGACCAUAUGACCCUGUAUCAGAUUCUGUCAGUUUCACACUGUUCGACCUCGACGUGUUGUUUUCUGCAGCUGCCCACACCACCGACAUGUUCACUUUGAUACCAACAGGCGUAUGAAGUCAUAUUCUUUGUGCCUUUUUACAGCUGAUCUCUCACAUUUUAACUUGUAAAUAACAAAUGAUUCACCCCCCUCUCUCCCCCUCCCCCUCUGCCUUCCACCUCAGCGUCCUCUCCUUGUGCAUUUGCGGUAGAUGUUUCCGGGACAGUGGGGCUUUUCACCUCGGUUUAACCCGCUCUCCAGACCACAUUAGCAGGGUUGUCCACCUUUAAGUACCCCCCACCGUUCAAAGCGCGUGCAUACACAUCCACUUAUACCUCACGAAGAUGCCGAGCAAUAAUAAUGCAAACUGUCUGAGGCUACGAGGCAGCCGCGUCGCUCUGCUCUGAAAGGAAUCAGUGUCUGUGCAGUUGGCCCUUGUAAUGUUGUCGCGUACAUAACUGUAUAUUUUAUUGUGAUAAAUGCAAAUCCCUUUUGAAAGCAGGUGUGAGAGCUAUAUUCUGUAAAUAUUUGUAGAGAAAUAGAACAGAACUUAUUGUAAAUAAAUGGAGCCAAGCCUGGAUUUGUAUUGAAAAUUAUAUAAAUAUAUAUGUGUGUGUAUAUACGUGUAUAUAUAUAUAUAUAUAUAUAUAUACAUGUCUUUGAAUAUAUGCAGUAUAUCUAUAUAUUACAACAGCUAAUCAUUCAUAUUAUUUAUUACCUACAUAGCUGUCGUGAGGGCUUAAGAACUAUACGGUACCUGCCCUGUUCAUAAAUGAAUGUUUUGUAAUAUGCUGCUUGGGUGUGGAUUAGGAUGCUCCGUCUCUCUCUUUCUCCAUGUUGUACUUCACAAGUCCGCAAAAGAUGCCAAAAAUAUGCUCCCGUGCGUGUGCAUAUUUCGAGUACUGUUAAUAUUGUGUAUGUGGGGUCAGAACAAAAACCACUGUCUAGGUUCUAGAGAGUGCUGUUCCCAUUGUGCCACGUACAGUUGCCUUGGUAACAUAAACCACUUUAUCCUAACCGCUGAUUUUUCUUACUGUGAAAACCUUUGCUCUGAGGUGUCUAAUGCUCAAGGUGGGUGGGUCCUUUAGUAAUUUCACUCAUGCCAAAAUGGAAAAUUUAAGAAGAUAAGGCCCGUACUUUAAGUCCACGACAGAAAUCUGCAAAAAUCUGAGCUCAGAGUCUCGGACUGUGAAAUAGCACAUUGUUUUCCUUUGCUCUUUCUGUUUAUUUCUUUCUUUUUUAAAAAUGGAAAUUCUGUUAUGGAUAAAAACAAAGCAGGAAUCUAAACGGAUACUGUGAGAUGUUAUUUUUCUAUGAAAUUAUCUUUUUUGAUAUACUCAGGUUUUCGGAUACUUUGCUCUAGAAAAGCCAUCGGGGGGAAAAAAGCUACAGAGUGGUUUCAGAGUGGAUUCAUAUGAUUUAAAGCAAUAUUAUAGUGAUUCUUUACGGCAGCACUUGGAGACGCAGACUGUUAUCCAUAAAGUUGAUGCUUAUGAGGGAAGUCAGUCCUUCAGUUGUGCCCACAGGAACAAACCAGAGAACUAAAAUGAGUUGCUUCUUCGGUGUGCCCUGUUUGUUUGCAUUGCUGUGCAGCCCAGAAAGGCCGCACCACGACCAAGCGGACAUACUGUUACUCUCCAACCAAUGACCGUGUAGCUUGGUAGCCUAUAUGUAAGAGUUAUUUCUGAGGUUUGCUAAUAUUCUUCUUCUUUUUUUUUU